AUGAGAAACAAUACAACAAUUAGAUUCACUAUCGGAACACUCGUCACAAUUGCUGCCAGCUUAAUCCUGUUGUAUUAUUUCCGCAACAAAAAGGAAAGAAGCCGUAAAGAGUUAAGUUCAGAGAAACAAAGAAAAUCAGCAGAACAAUUACUACCGAAAAAGAGAGGACGACGAGUUCAAACACCCCGACGUGUAAUAUUAUCAAAACCUGUCUCACAUAUAAAAAAAUUUGUUGAUUCAGAAAAAACGAAAUAUACAACUUCUGAUGAAACUACUAGCGAUAGCUUAACUAAACUGGAUAUAACCAAUGUAUCAAAAAAAAUCAAAGAUUAUUCGCCAUCCAAUUAUGUGGAAACAUUGGAAGGCAGCGCUUCACCAGCUUCUUCAACAGAAAAAGGCAAGAGCCAAUAUUCGAGUGAAAAUUAUCCACCUGCAAUUAUCCCGAAGCAUAAAGAAUUGCCAAAAGUACUACUGUCAUCAGAGAAGUCAGAAGGAUUACGAGAUGAGAAGAGCAAAUCAGGAGAAUCUGUCGGCGUUACAAAAUCGCUUACACUUGAAGAGAUUCCUUCACCUACAGAGGUGAUUCCGAUUGAUUCGUAUUGCUACUGUGGACAAGAUGCGACAAUUUCUCCCAGUGCAGCAGGAGAGCUGAACGAAAAUUGCAAAGUGGAAUUGUUGCCAACGAUAGUGAAACCAGUCUCAUUCGAUCCUUAUUCACCGGAAGAUCUCACUCAAGUGGAAGGUGCAAGUGAUGAAAUGAGUAAAAAUUCGUUACAAAUGAGUGUGAAACCAAAGAAUCAUCGCAUUAUCGUACCUUUCUUGCCUAUUCUCCAUGCCAUUACUUAUGCAUCUAAACACGGUCAACUUAUUCAAGAACUUUUGCAAAAUUAUGAAUAUUAUGAAUCACAAUUCACUUGA